ACCGUUAACGCUGCAUCGCCUAGAUUGUAUCACGGUAACCAUAACCGAGCUUCCUACUCAGAUUGUCCACCAUAAUCUUUUCUGACCUCUUUGAACUCGCCCACCAAACCAUGGAAGACCGAGCACGUAUCCCCGUGUCUCCCCCGGUCUCCAACCCCCUCCCCUCAUACUGGCAAACUCCCAAAUCCCCCCUCGCAAACGUAAUCGAGCCCGCGCCUGAAAGAUCCCAACCACCAACCUACGACUACUGCAUCAUCGGCUCCGGCAUCACCGGCACAUCCAUUGCGUACAACGUCCUACGCCACAAACCCUCUCCUCGCAUCAUCCUGCUCGAAGCCAGGGAAGCCUGCAGCGGGGCCACGGGUCGGAAUGGCGGGCACACGAAAGCCGCGAGUUAUCGGACGUAUUUGCAGCAUAAAGCCGAGUUGGGAAAGGAGGAGGCGUUGAGUAUUGCUAGGAUGGAGUAUCAGAAUAUCCUGGCUACUCAUCGCAUGGCCGCGGAGUUGGGGAUCGAGUGCGAGAGCAAGAUGUGCAAUACCGUUGAUUUGGUUUAUGAUAGCGAGACUUUUGAGGUGGGGAAAGCGGCGAUUGGGGAGUUGAGGGCGGAUGCGACUGAGGAGGAGAGGAAAGAAGGGGGAAUGGCGUGGUAUAAGAUCUAUUCGGCGGAGGAAGCUGCAACAAGGUUCCACGCUGCUUCGGAGAAUACGAACCCGGCAGUGGAAGAGAAAGAGGAGCUGGUCGGUGCAUUUGAGUAUCUCGCUGGACGGAUCAAUGCCUAUAAGUUUACGACUGGGUUACUGAAGGAGUGCGUUAAGAAAGGUUUGGAUAUCUGCACAAACACGGUGGUGCGGAAGAUCGAUAGAACCACCGGCGCUCUUGGGCCUACUACUUCCAACAUCGUAGUAACAGACCACAGCAGGAUCCUGGCGCACACCGUGAUAGUCGCCACAAACGGCUACACCCCUUACUUGCUCCCACAACUACAAGGCACAAUCGUCCCGCUACGAGGGCAAAUUACCGCUCAGAAACCGGGCCGUAACACACUUCUUCCGUCACCCUUACCAACCACCUACUCCUUCAUCUACAGAACCGGCUACGAGUACAUGAUCCCGCGCCCUCUUCCUUCCAGCUCAGGCGGCGGCCAACACAUCAUCAUUGGAGGUGGGCUAGGCCGUCAAUCCAACCAAGGACUCUCCGAAUACGGCAUUGUGGACGACGCCUCGCUCAACCCGGACAUCUCGCGAUAUCUUAACGGUGUUCUGGCAGGCUAUUUUGGUGUCCACAACUGGGGCGAGUCUCGAGGGGACGCGGAUCAAAGAAUCAUGCAAGAAUGGACAGGCAUCAUGGGCGCCACGGCGGACGGACGGCCAUUCGUAGGACGCGUGCCGGGCAUGGAGGAUGUAUGGGUUGCAGCGGGGUUUAAUGGCCAUGGGAUGGUGCUCUGCCUGAAGACGGCGGAGGCGCUUGUGCAGAUGUUGCACGGCGUCUCACCUGAGGAGAUGGAUUGGUAUCCGCGAAGCUUCAUAAUCAGUGAGGAGAGAGUGGGUAGAUGCCAUUUUCAUGGCCGGAAGGAUAUGAUUGGCGAGGAUGAGGAAAGCGAGUCUACCAUAGCAUAGCCUUCUGGUCUGGAUAGCGCGGAUUCAGAAUAGGAGGGCUAUGGUGCUCGACGGAGCAAUCGUCAUCAGGUAAUCUUGCCGAAACAUGCGCAUUCCGGAGCUAAAUAACCUCAAGAACCUGCAUAGACUCCGAACGUAACUCGAUUUGACUUCAAUCUGACAGUAUCUUGUCAUCCCCUGGCUGUCUGCUAGAAGUGUCC